AUGAACAGCUCGAAGCCAGCCAGUGCCCCGCUGCCUGCUCACUACAACGUCAGCACCAAUGUGGGGCCAUACUCGCCCUCGGCAUCAGGGCUGAGCCCAGCCGCACACGACCGCGUGUUCCCUAUACGAAGUGUCGUCUCAGUCGAUCCCAACCCAACAUCUACCCCAAAGCCCACUGGGCAGUAUGCUGGCGACUACUUCCAUCAAUACUCCCGCGCGAACGACUCGCGGCGGCCAUCAGAUUCUGCAGCAUCAAAUGCAUCGCGCGCUUCCCAACGUCAAGGUCAACCUCAACGGCCUUCGACUACUUCUGGAAGAGAAGAAGCCCCACCAACACAGGAGAAUACCAAUUCCGCGCCAACAAGGUUGGACAGAUCAAAGUUGCAGCUGCCUGCGUCACUCUUCCAGGAAAUUUCAUCUUCGAGUCCGGGAAAUAGUGUGGUCGGAGAAAGCGGCCGGUCGCCGUCGUUCAAGGCGGCAGACCCCCCAUCAUCCCCCGGCGGUGGUUCGGUCCGAAGCACGCUCAGCAGCGUCGGCGAGAUGGGCAGCUUAAUAACGCCGCGCUUCAAGCACGUCGUUACCGAGGGAGGUCAUAUGGUUAUCACAGGCCCAGAAGGCGACAUAUUACAGCGCUGCGAGGAUGAACCUAUCCACAUACCGGGCGCUGUGCAAGGAUUUGGUCUUCUGAUUGCGCUGCAGGACGACCCUGAGGGCAAUGGAGGCCUUCUCGUUCGUGUUGUCUCUGAGAACUCUAGGCGGUUUAUUGGGCGCACACCGAAGGAGCUCUUUGCAUUGGAGAGUUUCACAGAUAUCCUGUCCGAAGAGCAAGCCGACAAUCUUCUCGAUCACAUUGACUUUAUCAAAGACGAAGACUCCGACGUUUUGACCAACGGUCCCGAGGUUUUCACAAUGUCGAUCAAGGUACCAGGAGUGUCGCGGACAAGAAAGCUUUGGUGCGCGGUACAUACCAACGACGCCAAUCCUGGGUUGAUUAUCUGCGAAUUUGAACUCGAAGACGAUCCACAAUUUCCCCUAGUCCCACCGAACGACAUGACGCCCGAACUUCCCGAGGACACAUUGUCGAGUAAUCCUACACAAGAAGAGUACCUCGAGAGUACUGAGGUUAAGAGUCGGCCUCUCAGAGUACUGCGAAGUGCAAGAAAGAGGAGGGGCGAGGCUGCUGCAAUGGAAAUUUUCAAUAUUAUGUCACAGGUUCAAGAGCAGCUUGCGGCGGCACCCACCCUCGACAAAUUCCUCAAAGUUUUAGUCGGCGUCGUCAAGGAAUUGACAGGCUUCCAUCGCGUCAUGAUAUAUCAGUUUGACCAAACAUUCAACGGUCGAGUUGUCACUGAGCUUGUCGAUCCUCGCGCCACAAAGGACCUGUACAAGGGGCUGAACUUUCCUGCGUCAGAUAUCCCAAAACAGGCCAGAGAGCUAUACAAGCUCAACAAGGUCCGCAUGCUUUACGAUCGCGAGCAAGAGGCAGCUCGCCUCGUCUGCCGCACCGCCGAGGAUCUUGAGACACCUCUUGACCUCACACAUUCCUAUCUGCGCGCCAUGUCACCCAUUCAUUUGAAGUACUUGGCGAACAUGGCCGUCCGCUCUUCUAUGUCAAUAUCCAUUAAUGCCUUCAAUGAGUUAUGGGGACUUGUCGCUUGUCACUCUUAUGGCGCUCGAGGCAUGCGAGUUUCAUUCCCGAUACGAAAAAUGUGCCGUAUGGUUGGCGACUCCGCGUCCCGAAACAUUGAGCGACUUUCAUACGCAUCACGCUUACAAGCUAGGAAGCUCAUCAACACCGUGCCCACCCAACACAACCCAUCCGGUUACAUUAUCGCAUCCUCAGACGAUCUCUUGAAGCUGUUUGAUGCCGACUUUGGUUUGUUGUCGAUCAGAGAUGAGACGAAGAUCCUUGGGCAUCUGGAGAAUUCCCAGGAAGCUUUGGCUAUGUUGGAAUACCUGAGGAUGCGCAAGAUCCAGUCCGUCAUGACAUCUAACGACAUCGCGCAAGACUACCCCGAUCUUCGAUACCAGCCUGGAUUCCACACUGUUGCGGGCAUGUUGAUCGUGCCUUUGACUGCCGGCGGCAACGAUUUCAUAGUUUUCUUCAGGAAAGGCCAGCUACGAGAAGUUAAGUGGGCCGGUAAUCCUUAUGAAAAGUUCAUUAAGGAGGGCACUGAAGGUUACCUUGAGCCCAGGAAGAGCUUCAAGACAUGGUCAGAGACCGUAGUUGGCAAAUGCCGCGACUGGACUGAAGAAGAGAUAGAGACUGCUUCAGUACUUUGCCUUGUGUAUGGCAAAUUUAUUGAAGUCUGGAGACAAAAAGAGGCAGCCUUGCAGAACAGUCAGUUGACGCGGUUGCUGCUCGCCAACUCUGCUCACGAGGUCCGAACGCCGCUGAACGCCAUCAUUAAUUAUCUCGAGAUUGCUCUCGAAGGAUCCUUGGACACGGAGACUCGAGAAAACCUGGCUCGGUCGCACUCGGCAUCGAAAUCACUCAUUUACGUCAUCAACGAUCUCUUGGAUCUGACGAAGACGGAAGAAGGAGGACCCCUGAUCAAAGGAGAGUCGUUCAAGCUGAGCGAAACCAUCAAAGAGGCAACAGAUAUGUUCCGCGGCGACGCUCGGCGGAAGAAAAUCGACUAUGAAGUUGUCGAACACGCGGGCCUUCCAAAGUCAUGCAUAGGUGAUCAGCGUCGUAUAAGACAGGCCAUCUCGAAUAUCGCAGCGAAUGCCAUCCAACAUACCAGUCAGGGAGGUGUCAAGAUUGAAGCUUACGUUGCGUCGAGACGCAGCAAAAAUCAAGUGGAAGUUGAAAUCGCAGUUACAGAUACCGGUGUUGGCAUUAACCCGAAGAGACUGGAUCAACUCUUCUACGACCUGGAGCAAGUCCAGUCUGAGCCUACUGGUGCUUUGGAGGAUGCUAUAGUGCCAGACCUCAAGCAGAUCACGGCCAACGAUGACAAGACAGCGCUCGGCCUCGGUCUCGCAGUCGUGGCGCGCAUCAUUCGAAACAUGAACGGACAGAUCAGGAUCAGAUCGGAAGAGGGAAAGGGUACACGUUUUGUCAUUCAGUUCCCAUUCGAUCUGCCGGAUAAUGAAGAGGAUCUCACGUCAUCAACGCCAACAGAUGCCUCAAACUCCGGGACUAUUACACCUGGUUCUGAGCUGCCAGAGUCAAUGAGCGGGUAUGGAGAAGGGGAGAUCGCCCCUAGUGUGCGAUCAAUGAGACCUACUCUUACCAAGCGCAACAGCAUGGACCCUGAGUCACCUUUACGACCUAGAUCCAAGAGUCUUGAGAUCGCGGAAGGCAGAGUGGUGACUCCAUCCCACCAACGACGCAUGAAUACUAAGACUCCUGGUGAGGAGCCUAUUGCAUAUUCCUCUCAGCCUCUCAAGGCUGUCCGUCUGCCCGACAAUGCCACAUCGCCUACGCAGCGAUCAAUAGGCUCGAUUCUCGGCGAAGUCCACCAUUCAUCACGGGAAUUGUCGCCGCCACCCGCGCCCGUGGCUGCCACUGAGGCCGAGAAGCUUACCUCAGACAACAUGCGCGUUCUCGUGGCAGAGGAUGAUCCAGUCAACAGUCGAAUUGUCAAGAAGCGGUUAGAGAAGAUGCAGCACACAGUGCAUCUUACCGUCAACGGCGAAGAAUGUGCAUCUGCAUUCGGCGAUAGUCCCAAGGACUUCGAUGUUGUCCUGAUGGACAUGCAGAUGCCGAUCGUCGACGGCCUGACCUCAACCAAAAUGAUCCGCUCCUACGAAAAGACCCACACCAAUAUCUACUCCCCGCGCGCCGCGCUCUGCGGCCGAAUUCCCAUCGUCGCUGUCUCCGCCUCGCUGAUUGAAAAGGACCGCCAGCAAUACAUCGAUGCCGGCUUCGAUGCCUGGAUACUCAAGCCAAUCCCAUUCGACCGCCUGAGACAGCUCAUGACAGCCAUCGUCGACAAGGAUCUCCGCAGGAAGUGCUUGUACGAGCCUGGUGGAUGGGAGAAAGGUGGUUGGUUCCAUGAGGGCAAGGCGAGUCUCGAGGAGGUCAAUACGAAGCCGACGGAUAAACCCCCGAUCAUCAACCCGAGUGAGAUGGUCAAGGAGGCUGCUGAGGACGCAAGCAAUCCUAUAGCGGGUGAAGAGAGUGAGGAGGGGAGACAGCCGGAGGAACAGGAGAGGUUGCUCAAGAAGCAAGAGGAGGAGCGAACGGAGGAGGAUGAUAGGCACAAUGAGGACGUUCGGCAUGCAGAUCCCAAAGAUGCUGCGGGGUGAGCAGGGACGCACGUGAUGAUUUCACGAACACAGGAAAAUGGUGAAGAAGAGACGUUGAUGUUGUUACGAGGAGUGGACUGCAUCCUGCUAGGAGUAUUGUUUUGUGUCUCGGACGGUUAAGCCAUUAUUUUGGGUGUAAGCGUCACGCUACACGACCGUCAUGUUUGUUUGAGAAGCGGAGCCGGUGAGCAGGACGAGCUGCAUAUACAUUGGCCUGCCACCGAGCCGUGGAAGUACAGCAUGUGUGCAUAGUCUGUUGUGUGUAAGACGACGGACUCAGAUGGAGGAGUCGACAUUCGGUCAACAACCCGCAUAGAGCCUUGGGGUCAGAGGGUAGAGGAGAAAGAAACUAGCAAUAUUCUAUGAGUAUCUUUGCAUCCCAUGAUC